AUGUCCUAACCAAUUUUGAGCAGAAUUCUUUCGUGGACGACAUUAAUAAACAAAGCGCUUGUUAAUGUUAAUAAACAAAUUCCUCCAUAAUCAUGUUCAAUGUUGGCAAGCUGGAACAUCACUAAUGAACGCGUGAGCUCAGAGAUGAUGAGUUGGAUGCAGUAGCUGCUAUAAUCCUUUAGAGGGCCUUGAUUGAAUAAGUCGGAGGAAUUGAAUCUAGAAGCCUUCACGUUCAAAUUGUUGUCCUUUUCUUUGUUCCGAUUCAACGCAGGCACGCAGGGAAGAGAAAAGAAAUGAGCUCACCCUUUUACAAUUAAAUAGGUAUUUGUCAUCUGACAUUUGCCACAUUCAUCUCCGAUAAGUUUGUUGCUUGCCGCAACUUUGCCACUUUUAAUCUAACGCCUCAUCUGUGUGCGAGCUCAUAUUGGUUUUGUUCUGCUAAUCUGCAAGGAUUUUAAAGGUUGCCCACCUUGGUUUUCCUGCUAUAAAAGGCUGCCCUACUUUGGAUUUUCCCUCAUUAAAGCGUAUACCCAUGGGGUAUCUCCAAUUGUGAUGGACAGAAAACAUGCAAGAUCAGGUAAAAUCACUUGUAUCAUCUCAGAUCUCCCAAAUCAAAUUCUGUGUUUACGUUGAGAGAGGAGUAGGUAGAUCUGCCGAAAAUGCCCAGCGUGGGUGUGAAGCUCUACAGUGUUAUCUUCAAGCUAUUACUGAAACAUAGGUUAUAUAACCAGGCCCAAGUCACAGAUCAUGAUGGGCAUGGUCAUGGACUUGCAGUUACAUCAAGAUCUGGAUCGGGUUCUGUGCCUGCAAGUGCUGCAUUCGUCGAUGGGAUUGCCACCAAGGACAUACACAUUAAUACCCUUACCAAUCUAUCAAUCAGGAUUUUUCUUCCAGAGUCAUCUCUGCCACCGAAACAGGCAUCCAAUCCCUCCCCAUCUGGUUUAUUUGGAAAUCCAGUAAAAGAUGCGGAAGGAACAGAGGAUUUGGACGCCAGUAUAAACUACAAUCGGAGAAGCAGCUAUGCGGGGGCAAUCGAACCAAGCCAUGAGGGAAUCGAUAGCAACAGGAGGAGCAGCUAUGGUGGCACUGGUGAUAAAGAACGGGGUUUUAUGCGCGACACAACGCCACUCACCAAUGGGAUUGAGGCAUCAGGUAACGAGAAGAGAGUAGGCGUUCCUAAUUACAGAGGUUAUUUGCCUGCAAAUUCACAACCCUUGCACAGGAAGCUGCCCAUUAUUUUUCAGUUCCACGGUGGAGGGUUUGUGGCUGGCAGCAAGGAUUCUGCCGCCAAUGAUUUCUUUUGCCGCAGAAUGGUUAAACUGCUGGAUGCGAUAGUUAUUGCUGUAGGAUAUAGGCUCGCUCCGGAGAACAGGUACCCAGCAGCCUUCGAAGAUGGUUUUGAGGCUGUUAAGUGGUUGGCUAAACAGGCUAAUCUAGCCGAGUGCAGCAAAUCUCUUGUGAAUGUUCCGAAAGGUGCUUACAAAGGAGAUGGACAUCGCCAAAUUGUUGACAGUUUUGGAGCCUCUGUUGUAGAGCCAUGGCUAGCAGCUCAUGGAGAUCCUUCCAGGUGUGUGCUUCUUGGAGUAAGCAGUGGUGCAAACAUUGCUGACUAUGUAGCUCGAAGAAUACUUCAAUCUGGCAAGCUUUUGGAACCUGUGAAAGUGGUUGCUCAAGUUCUCUUGUAUCCAUUUUUCAUUGGAAGUACACCUACACACUCAGAGAUCAAACUAGCUAAUUCAUAUUUCUAUGAUAAAGAUACAUGUAUUAUGGCAUGGAAAUUAUUUCUACCCGAAGGAGAGUUCAGUUUGGACCAUGUUGCUGCCAACCCUCUUGUUCCUGGAAGGGAACCACCUUUGAAGCUAAUGCCCCCAACAUUGACAGUUGUUGCAGAACUUGAUUGGAUGAGAGAUCGUGCAAUUGCCUAUUCAGAGGCAUUGAGAAAAGUGAAGAUUGAUGCCCCAGUACUUGAGUACAAGGACGCAGUUCAUGAAUUUGCAACACUUGAUAUCCUACUAAAAUCUCGACAGGCAGAAGCAUGUGCUGAAGAUAUUGCUAUUUGGGUGAAGAAGUACAUCUCUCUAAAGGGACAUGAAUUUUCUUACUAAUGUGGAUGCCAUUUUGAAGAAAAUAUGUCAAUGUCAUGUUCUAUAAUUCUUUUUUAUGUACUCUGUAAUUAUAUCUUGAGUUUUUCAUGAAUCAUGAGAUUUGGACUUUUUCUGUCGGCUAAGAAGGAAAGAUGAGUGGUAUCAAGAUGUUUUCUGAGUUAUGUAUAUAUUUAUGUGCCAAAUUUAAGAGGGCGAUUCAUUAUUAUUUGAUGAUAUUU